CAACGAGCGGACGGGCCCCGCGAGCGUUGGCGUAUUUUCGAUUCCGCGGCCCGCGACCGACCGACGACCGACGCGCCCCGCGACUCCGACGUGUCGGCCCCUUCGCAUCGCCAUCGCCCCCUCCGACGACCCCCCCAUGGCCUCGACCGGCGCCCCCUCCCCCGGCGCCGGCCACGCCCUCCGCCCCGGCCCCGCGCCCGCGGCCGCGCCCCGCGACCUCUUUCUCGCCACCUGGGGGCCAUUUCAAACGCGCCUAUUGGCCGAGCUCGUGGCGCUCCGGGCCGCGGCAGAUCAUGUUUCACAGACCGACGACGGCCGGUCGCCUGUCAGGCGAAAGCGGACGCGGUCCAAGUCCAAGUCCCCGACGCGGCUCUCGCCGCCUGCGGUGCUUAGCCCACCGCGUAAGGUCCAGCGGUCGGCGGCGCCCACCCGGCACUACCAGUCGCCGGUCGUGUCGCUCAACUCGGCCUACUUGGGCCUGCCCGCGACCAAGGUCAAGGAGCCCGCGCCUGUUGACACGACGAGCUCGGUGAAUGCAUUUGCCGAUUUGUUGCGACUGCACGUGGAGAAGACGCAGCAGCUCGAGAAAGGCCCGAGCAAGAAGCGCCAGUUGCAGCGGCUGCGCGAUCCGCCGCGCACCAAGUGCCACUGGGACGUGCUCCUUGACGAGAUGCGCUGGAUGGCGACCGACUUUGCCGAGGAGCGGCAAUGGAAACGGGCGCGCGCGUGGCGUCUCGCGCGCGACGCGUCGGACGCCAAGAGCCUUGAGAAGCGCAACCAAGAGCAAGACAAGCGCAAGCUGGCGCGGUCGGUCGCUCUGCAGGUCGCAUCGUUCUGGCGCGCCAUGGAACGCAUUGCUGCGAGGUACCACAACCGGUCACCGUCGUCCGUCGAGCUGCACACGCGGGCCGCACCGAAGGAUGCGACCCUCUCGCCGCGUUCGGACGCCCACGUCGACUUUGCGUGGGCGACCACCUCGGACGCGUCGGCGACGAUCCAUGACUUGGUGGCUGCGAUCUUUGCCGUCGGCAAGGAAGCCCGCGACCUCAUGAAGAAGCAAGAGCUCGAGCUGGACCUGGACGUCAAGCUCGCGCCGUUCCAGCUGAGCGCGCUCCGUUUCAUGUCGCACGUGCACAGCGCGGGCUAUAACAUCAUCCUCAACGACCAACUUGGCACCGGCAAGGCGUUUACAGUCUCGCUCUUCUUGCGCUACCUCGAGCUCCAGACACCGAGUGCGCACCCGCACUUGAUCCUCGUGCCCGACGCCGAAGUGCAUAAGUGGGCUCACUACCUCAAGACGCUCCAUGGUUCGCGCCGCAUUCAGAUCUACGGCGGCACGCCGCUGGACCGGCGGCGCCAGCACCUUACGUGGGACAAGGAGUAUACUGCGUCCCUCGAUCCGCACGAACGCCAAGACAUUUACGUCGUGCUCUGCCCGCAUGCGUGCUACCUCGAGGAUGCGGCGGUGCUGCAAAAGCACACGUGGCAGGUCGUUGUCGUCGAAGACUUUGCGUUGCAUCUGACCCCGUCGCUUGGCCUGACCAAUGUCUCGCGACGCAUUGUUGUGAGCGAGCUCGGGCUCGAGCACUGGGCACCCGAGCGCGCGAGUCUCUACGGCGGCUUUCUCCUUGGUACGUCGUCGACACCGUACGUACCGUCGGCGUGGGAAGACGACGUUGCGGACUCGAGCUCGGUGCAGCUCAUGAUGAAGCGCGCGGGCCUUCCGUACAAGGACGAGGUGUCGUGUCUCCAGAUUGCGCUGCGCGCCCUCACGCUUGGCAGAAUACGCAACGACAUGGAGGCGCAGCUCGGCAAGAUUGAGGAGCAGACAAUCGGCGUCGCGCUCACGUCGUCGCAAGCCAACGCGUAUACUGGCGCGAUCGCAGCCUUUUGCUCGGGCAGCGACAAGGCGACCAUGGACGGGUGGCUGCGGCUCUUCUUGCGGCUGCGCGCGAUCGGCAACGGCGUGUCGUUGGACGUCGACCGGCUCGGCUCGAUGGACCGUAUGAUUAUCGCGAGCUGCUCGUCCAAGUGUGCGGCCUUUUUGGACCUCUUGGGGCGCCUCGUGGGCUCCGAGAAGCGCAAGGUGGCCGUGUACCUUCAAAGCGACGCGAUGCUGCCGGUCAUCGAACACCUCACGGCCAACGUGCUCAAUUUCUCGACAGUGCGGAUCACGGGCUCGGCGACGUGCCAGCACCGCGCAUUGUCGCACUUUGCGCUCCAGGACGCUGUGCAAGUGGCCAUCCUCUCGACACGGACGCGCACGGUGGGCACGAACCGCGCGGUGUGCGUCUAUGGCGCGCAUGCGAUUGUCGUGCUCGACAGCGACUGGGACCCGAUGUGCGACUCGAAGCUUCGCGCUGCGUGGCAGCUGCUCGCAACCACGAUCGACGUGCCCGUCUUUCGGCUCUACAGCGAGUCGACGCUCGAGGCGUCGUUUUUGCGUGUCGGCGCGGUCCUCUCGGAGAAGCUCUUUGGGGAGAUGACGCCGGCCGAGUGUGUGGCGUCGUCGGCUUUCAAGGGUAUCGAGUGCCCGUCGUGGUGGUCGGUGUCGACGCCGGACCUUCCGAAAGCCAUGGCGCGCGCCGAAGCAAUGGAAAAGUACUGCAACAGCGCGCUCGACGGCGAUAUUUAUGCGCUCGAGGCGCCCCUCACGACCGGCGGCGAGCUCGAACUCGAAGAACACUUGCUGCUCUCCAACAAUGACGAGCUGACGCCGGUCGAGUGGUACGCUGUGCACCUCGUGCAGUCGCUCAAGGAGAAGCAACCGCCGAAUCGCCCGUCCAAGGCAGCGAUCGAGCCAAUCAAAGACGACAGCGCGCCCCGGUCGUACGACGAAAUGGUUGACGCGCACCGCGUCGACGCGUGGAAGCAGGAGCCGACGGCAGGCUUGUACUACGAGUGUCCUGUUGCCGGCGACAGCGUGUCGUCGAUUGUCAACCACUUCCGAGCGCUGGGUCUUUCGCCUGCGUACGACGUGUGGCACGCCCCCGAGUACGACCCGGCCACGACGUUUGUCAAAGAACCCGUCGAUGACGCGCCGCUGUGGAUCGCGUACCGCACCAAGAAGCCACCAACGCCUACGGCGCCCGCCGCCGCCGACAAGAAGGCUGACGCCAAGCCGACCAAAGUCAAGAAGAACAAGCUGCUCAACAAGACGUCGCUGCCGAUACCGGGUGGCAGUCCCAGCGUCAAGCGCAAGGAAAGCUCCAAGAAGAGUACCGACUAUGCGGGCUUCCCGCUCCCCGACUCGAGUGGCUUUGACGACGACGGUUUCUGGGGCGAUACGAACCUCGAUGCGCUCGACUCGGUGUCGUGGGAUGACACGUCGAUUCUCGGCGGCAUCCAAGUCGGCAUUGAGAGCUCAUUGCCACCGGCCAAGAAGGCCAAGACGUCGACACCCGUGACGUCGGCGCUGCCGCGACCGCGCAAGCCAACGCCGGAGCUCGCCCGCGAAGGGUGGAGCUUUGUCGAGGAGUCGCUCAUGAAGAAGCUCCACGAUAUGUACGGCGCCAACUGGAAUCUCAUUGCGCAGAUCUUGACGCGGCAGAGCAUGGUGAAACGCCGGUCGGCGCGGCAGUGCCACGAAAAGUACCAGCGUCUUACAAGUGCCAACGCGACGCUCAAGGACAAGGACGCGGCCAAACCUGUGAAAAUGAAGCCGCUCACCAUGUCGCCGGCUGCACUCACGGCACGUGUCGGCGUCCAUACGAGUGGGCUUCUCCUCAAGUACCCCGCCACGACCUUUGGGGGCAUUCCGCCGCCGCCGUUGCGCAAGACGUCGGCCGUCGUGCUCAAGCCGCCAGCCGUCGUCCAGGAGCAAGACGUGUCGCAGUUUCGGAGUACGAUGGAAGCCGUGCUCAUGUCGGUCAAAAAGAAGGUGCCGUCGCCGCCGAUUCCGAUUCCACUCAACAUGGAGCCCCACAAGUCGCACCUCGAGAUUGUGGCGACGCCCGUCUUGAGUCCCGACGACGUCAUCAAGAAGAGCAAGCAGCUCGCAGCGCUCACGUUUCAAGUUGCCGCUAGCUUUCCCGAGCCGGCGCCAGGACUGCCCCCAGCGACGUCGGACACGAUGCCGACACCCCCACCGACCUCGACGCCGGUACCACCACCGACGUCUGGAUCUGGUCCGACCGACGACCCAGUGCGACCAUCAGUUCCUAUCCGGUACAUUUGAUCCUUAGUAGUAGUGCCAUCGUCGUAUUGGACUUGGUUUGUCAGUUGUUUGCGUUGAUUUUCACGGCCAUCGAGAGGACAUUUGUAGCUAGCGUCGAUGGAUACUAGAGGACCUCGUCAGAUCUGGUUUUGUAGCAGCCGGCACGUGCAUCCACAUUUUCCACCAACAAUGGCAAACUUGCCUCUGCGUGUGCCACGUCAUGGACCCCUUUGAGCAUCGUAUUAGGAUACUACUCGUCGUUUGUAUAUAACUUGGUUGAGCGAGGAAUCUCUUUGGCGAUCGAUCGGACCGCACGAUGUCGAGCAGCCCGUCCACGCUAUUGCACAGUCCCAGCUCACCUUGGGCAUAUUCCUGUGUCG